CACAGACAUAGGACAGGGGCGGGAAGAUCUUUCAAGACAUUUUUGUGGUCGCAUUCUUCUAGACCUGCAUGUAAAACACUUGUAAAAUAAUUUAGAAAACUUCGAAUUACUGUAGUGCAUUAUCACUGAAAGCGAUCGGGCUUUUGCUGCGGGUUGCAGGACAGGAAAUCACUUUGAGUUUAGUAAUUAUUUGAUUCGAUGACAAGUCGUUCUUAAUGCUACUGUAAAGAGGCAGUUUUAUCAGCCUUCCUUGGAGUGUUUGGAUGGUAUUUUCCUCAAUAAGACAACAACAUGAUGUCAGACGACUACCUGGUGGAGUGUAAGAUAGAUGAUGAUGAGGAUGACGACGACGACGAAGAAAGGUUGCACCAAACUCCGCCCCCACCUGCACAGUUCUCCUCAUCCACGGACCCCUUUCUGUCUCAACCUGAGACCAGAGACCCCUAUGACAUCAAUCAACACCUGAAGAUUGAUUUCAGCGACGUGUUAGCAGAGCCGCCGUCCACUCACAGUGCCGACCGGGUGUGGAUCUACAGUAGCAUUGGCUUUGAGUCGGUGCGAAUCUGGAGCUACCGCUGCAUCUCUGCUCUGUGCGCACUGCCUUUGUCGCUGCUCUCCGGGUGCCUCUUUGCCUGGCUCGCCUGUCUGCACAUCUGGUGUGUGAUGCCCUGUGUGCAGGUGUGUCAUUCCUGUCUCCCUUGCAUCCGUUCACUAUGGCUCAGUGUGGUCAACAUUUUCAUUGCCCCGUUCUGCCUGUCCGUCUCCCGCUGCUGCAGCUUCAUCUACAUCUCACUGUCCAAAGAGUGACAGAAGACCAGAAAGGGGCUGGAGUGAGACCACCAUUCUCUCAUCCUCUUACAAAUUAUUACUAUGGAAUGUAUUUGAUUGGGCCAUGCUGGCAUAACCAUAAAAAACUUUCAGAUAGGUAUCUCACAAAAACAGAUGAAAAUGUUUUUUCAUGAGGGGCUCAGGAUGGAAAACAAUAUUAGAGAGGAGUGUGGAACCAAAUUGCAAUAAAAGCAGCUAUGCAAGCUUUUAUUUAUUUUAUUAUUCUAUAUAUUUAACAAGCCAUUAGUUUUUACAGGAAUAAGAGGAUAUAAUAACUUUUCCAUAGCUCAGUGUAAACAAUAACCUGGAUAAACCUUAUUCCUGAAGCUGAGGCUUACCAAGACACUUAGUGUCCACCCAUGCUGAAGGGUUUAGUAAGGAGCAGGGGUUCAUAAACCGCCCAAUGUACAGUAUUAACCAAGCAAAACCAUUUGUACUGCUAGAUUUUUUUUAAAUACAGCAUUUUUGUUUUAUAAAACAUUUGUUGAUCUCAUGUUAUUAAAGUAUGACUCCUUAGCCUGUUGUCAGUGAAAGAGCCACCAAGUUCUGCACUCCACUAAGCAGAAACUUAAGUUUUUGCUGAGUUUACUGCACACCCCUCCACCAACUCAUUUUGUCCCAGCAGUGAAGUCAUGUGUAAGAAACGAGU